AACGAGCACUUCCGGAAUCUCCGGGCCGCUUGGCGUGGUUGGCCUGCCGAAGCCAGGUUCUUGCCUCGCGUGCGCGGGCCUGGUUCGGUCGCGGCCUCGCGCGCCUCCGUUUCCCAGCCUCAUGGCCGGGCUGACCCUCUUUGUGGGCCGCCUCCCGUCCUCGGCCCGCAGCGAGCAGCUGGAGGAGCUGUUCAGUCAGGUGGGGCCGGUGAAGCAGUGCUUCGUGGUGACUGAGAAAGGGAGUAAGGCGUGUCGAGGCUUUGGCUAUGUCACUUUUUCUAUGCUGGAAGAUGUUCAGAGGGCCCUCAAGGAGAUUACCACCUUUGAAGGCUGUAAGAUCACCGUGACUAUUGCCAAGAAAAAACAGAGGAACAAGUCCAAGGAAAAGGGGGAAAAUGAAAAUUCAGAACCCCCAAAGAAGGAACUGAAGCCUAAAAAACCCAAAGUGGCAGAUAAGAAAGCCAGAUUAAUUAUUCGGAACCUGAGCUUUAAGUGUUCAGAAGAUGACUUGAAGACAGUAUUUGCUCAAUAUGGAGCUGUCCUGGAAGUGAACAUUCCCCGGAAGCCAGAUGGAAAGAUGCGUGGUUUUGCUUUUGUCCAGUUCAAAAACCUUCUAGAAGCAGGAAAAGCUCUCAAAAGCAUGAACAUGAAAGAGAUAAAAGGGCGCACGGUGGCUGUGGAUUGGGCCGUGGCAAAGGAUAAAUAUAAAAAUACACAGUCUGCCUCUGCCCCAGGUGAGGAGAAGAGGCCUGAACCUAAACAUCAGGAAUUAGGUAAAGAGAAUGGCAGGGAAGAAGAGGAUACGGAAGAGGAAGAAGAGGAUGACACGGAAGAGGAGGAGGAGGAGGGGGAAGAAGGAAAAGAAUCAAGGGUGACCAAGCCUGCACAAAUUCAAAAGAGAGCAGUCCAGAGGGCCACACCUGCAGAGAGCAGUGAAGAGGAGCAUUGUGACGACGACAGCGACCUGGAGGAAGGAGAUAGUCUUGAUGGUGGAGAGGAGCUGGCUCAGAGUGAUACCAGCAGUGAAGAGCAAGAGGACGAAGAUGUGCAAGUCUCAAAGAAAAAGAAGAGGAAAUUACCCUCUGAUGUGAAUGAAGGGAAAACUGUUUUUAUCAGAAACCUAUCUUUUGACUCAGAGGAAGAAGAACUCGGAGAGCUCCUCCAGCAAUUUGGAGAUCUUAAAUAUGUCCGUAUUGUCUUGCAUCCAGACACAGAGCAUUCUAAAGGUUGUGCAUUUGCCCAGUUCAUGACACAAGAAGCAGCUCAGAAAUGCCUUGAAGCUGCUUCUCCAGAGACUGAGGGUGGUGGGCUUAAACUGGAUGGCCGGCAGCUCAGGGUCGACUUGGCAGUGACCCGUGAUGAGGCUGCAAAGCUCCAGACAAAGAAGGUGAAGAAGCCAACCGGAACCCGGAACCUCUACCUGGCCCGAGAAGGCUUGAUUCGUGCUGGGACUAAGGCUGCUGAGGGUGUGAGCGCUGCUGAUAUGGCCAAAAGAGAACGGUUUGAGCUGCUGAAGCAUCAGAAACUCAAGGACCAGAACAUCUUUGUCUCCCAGACCAGGCUCUGCCUGCAUAACCUCCCAAAGGGUGUGGAUGACAAAAAGCUCAGAAAGCUGCUGCUGAAUGCCACCGGAGGGGAGAAGGGGGUGCGCCUCAAGGAGUGUAGGGUGAUGCGAGACCUCAAAGGAGCGCAUGGCAAAGUUAAGGGUCAGUCCCUGGGCUAUGCCUUCGCAGAGUUCCAGGAGCACGAGCAUGCCCUGACAGCCCUACGCCACAUCAACAACAAUCCAGAGAUCUUUGGGCCUCUGAAGAGACCGAUAGUGGAGUUCUCUUUGGAAGAUCGAAGGAAACUUAAAAUAAAGGAACUGAGGAUUCAGCGCAGCCUGCAAAAAGUGAAAUCCAAGCCUGCAACUGGUGAGCCCCAGCAGGAACAACCAGCACUUGGAAAAGUCCAGCAACGGAAAUCAGCUCAAAACCACACACAGGGACAAAGCAAGGCCCCCCCAGAGCAGAAGGGGAAGGUGCACUCGACCUCGUGGACAGGCUUCCAGACCAAGGCUGAAGUGGAGCAGGUGGAGCUGCCUGAUGGGAAGAAGAGAAGGAAGGUCCUCGUGCUCCCCUCCCACCGAGGCCCCAAAAUCAGGCUGCGGGACAAAGGCAAAGUCAAGUCUCUCCCUCCCAAAAAGCCAAAGCCCCAGAUGAACCAGCUGAAGUCCGAGAAGCAGACAUUACCUUCCAAGCAGGCCCCUAGGAAAAAGGCUAAGGGAAAUAAGACCGAAAUCCGCUUCAACCAGCUGGUCGAACAAUAUAAGCAGAAAUUACUGGGACCUUCUAAAGGAGCGCCUCUUGCAAAGAGGAGCAAAUGGUUUGACAGUUGAUGGUGGCAGCGGACUGGAUAAGAAGCUGGAUUCUCAGUCGAACUCCCAGGUCUCUCUCUACCCCCUAAUGUUAUUCUCUGAGGGAAGGACACCCCCUUUCCUCCCCAGUGCACUGCCACUUUGUUGGGAGGCCCCCUGGGCUGUGCACAUUUGAACUUUGGGCCCUCCCCAGUGCGUGAUUAGUGAACCACAAAAAGUAGUCUCAGAAAAACAUCGCCAUGCUUUUUGUGUAUUAUCCAAGUUACUCUGUGAAUUGUGUUUGUAAUUAUUACCCAUUCAGCCCUUUGUUUCUCAAAUGGAAGCAGUUGUAAAGAGGAUUCUUGAAGGCUGAAUUUUUAAGAUGUAUAUUUUAAGUGUCUCCUCUAAAUGAGCUAUUUUUUGGCUUUUUGAAUAACAAACUAUUUCUCAUUUCUAAUAGAUGUGAAUCCUUUAUUAUUUAUGAACAUUUUUUACAUUCCUAACUCUAAUUCAGUUACAUAGUUCUACAUAAUGCAGGAAUUAAGUAAGAACGGAGAAAAAGGAUUUCCAACCUAAUCUCUGAGAGUGGGAGAGACUGGGAAAGUCACUCAGGGCAGUGGGGCCUGGCAGAGAGCAACACCUGAUAAUUGUUUGCCAGAUGAGUGGGUUCUUAUGGGCAGUUGACUAGAAAUCAGUUUGCAGUGGCCCACUGUCACUAGCCUGGCUGGUGAUGACCCAUAUUCUCUCUCCUCAGGACUUAACAGAGGUAGGGGUUGGUGGAGGGAGCAGUGAGCAUGAGGCCUAGGCUCCAGCUUGUCCUGCCUUACCUAAUGGGUGGCCUUGACCCAGACAGACUCUCUGAGCCUCAGUUUUCUCAUCUUCAGAGUAGAAUUGAACUAAGGUUUUCUCUGAUCCAUUUUGGCUCUACCCUUUUUCUAAUUCAUUCAUUCAAAUUCAUACUCUUUUUUUAAACUCAGAGAGGAUAGAGAUGACUCAAUACUUCCCAAAAUUUUAGAGGUAUCACAAAAGCUGGGAGGGAUGGUGAAUAAAUAUUAGAGAGUCUAGAUUCAAAAGAGAUCGUGAUAGCCAGAAGGAAUGGGCUGAAUCUGACAAGAUGAAAAUCAUAGGAGCAAACAUAAAUUCCUUCACUUGGGUUCAAAAGCCCUACUGCACAAGUUCUGCUUGGAGAAGUUGAGCUGAUUGAAUUCACAUUAUGAAGCAACAGUAUGGCUGACACACAUGUAAUAGGACCGUUAGCUGUAGUAGUAGAGAUGGGAUGUCUCCAGUGAGUCAACUGCCAGUACUCUGGGUUGGCCAUACCACACCUAUGAGACAAAUGUAAUGACCAGGUUGGUGAAGGAAAUCAGAGAGAUGGAAACACAAGUGGUCAUGAGUUGAUUGUUGUUGAAGCUGGUCGUAGGUAAAUGGAGAUGUAUUAUACUGUUCUCUCUGCUUUUGUGGACAUUUGAAAUUUUCCAUAAUAAAAAGUUAAGAAAGUCAGAUGAGUAACUGAAA